CGGCGGUCCUGCACAAGCGAUCCCGGCAUCCCAUGGGGCGCGGGAAGAUAUUGCAGAAUCAGCUCGCGCAACCCGGGACCGAGCCAGUCUCAGCCGACAGUUGGGUUCCCGGAUUGCAAGGCGCGGGAUUCCUGAAGCCACAUCCCGAGACACGCCCGCCCGGGGUGUUCUGUUCCCGGGAAAGAGGAAGAGGGAAUCAUGGCACUGGACCCGGUGUAGGUUUCGGAAAGUGAGGAAGAGGGUAGCCAGCACGUAACAAACUACCUCUUCGAGGCAAGCAACCGAACGAUGCCGGUAGACCCCGUGGACCCCUUUCGGCAGAGAGUUGGUAGGGUGUGUGAGUGUGAGUGUGAGUGUGAGUGCUCGCAACCCAUGUCAUCUGUCGCGUCUUACAAGCCCCGUUCCCCGUUUCUCCCACCCCCGUCCCCCCGUUCAUCCCGUUCCCGGGUGGUGGGCUGGACACAUACACAGACACACAACCGUAACAAGCGACGUUGGAACUGUAUUGCCGGCGUCCGGGGUUCACAUGGAAUGUUGGGUGUCCACCUUCAGCGGGGCCGUGGAGCGCAGGUCAUUCCAGUCUUCCUCGUGAGGGGGAGGGGCAACGGCAGGCCCAGAAAGCCCCAGUUCUUUUUCCCUUCCUUCCCUCCCCCAAUAUCCCGUCGGCAGAUGUCAGGUCCAAUCGCUCAGCCCAAUUCCCAUCCAGACCUGGAAUCCCGCCGGGCUGGCUGGGACUGGCCACGAGCACCCCCCAGUGCCCCCCAAGCCCUUGGCAAAGACAAAGAAGCCCCAAACUUCCCCGUCCCCACAUGGACUUCCCGUCUUCUUGGCGGUGCUUGCGGUUGCACCCAGCGCAUGGGACCCUGUCAGCUGGUGGAUCCCGUCGGAUGGGCAUCGCGGCAUGGCGAUGUUGUGGUCGCGCGGUGGUUUGCGGGUGUUUCCAGAAAGUGAGCAAGAUAGAACAAAAAAAGGUGGUGCCGAGGAGAGCAUCAUGGGACGAUAAGGUUAACGCAGAGUAGCAGCGGGCGCAUUUGAGUUAUCCCGUCUGCACUGCACCUUCAUCUGCGCCCGCGUCUGCCUGCUCGUUGCGCAUACCGAAGGUACCGUAGCCAUCUCAGAUCUCAACCUCCAGAAAACGACAUGCCGAAGUGCGGGAUGC